AUGGAUUUCCAUGACUUUGAGCGCCUCACUCAACAGUUCACCACCGAUGCAGUUGACCUAGCUUGUACCCUGUCUUCCCAGCAAUACCCUCGCCCAGCUCAGCGUCGCCCUGAUCGCCCAAGUGUUCGGCCUCCCAUUGACCGUCGUCGCCCACUCUCCUCAGAUCCUUCUGCUGCCAAACACCUCCAGCACCUCUACCGCAUCUCAAAGAAACGUGCUGCACGCAAAGUCUUUGGUAAUGAAAGUCCUGGCUUUGAUGGCACUGUUGAUGCUGCCACGGAAUACUUCACCCAAACCUUUGGCCCUCGAGCCUGUGACACCGCCCAUCUGCUCGAAGAACUUGCCUCUUUUGUGCCUUCUGCUGAGACCGACCACUCCCUGUUCACCCCACCCUCCCCUGAAGAACUCUCCAUCAAACUACGUUCCAUGGCCAACUCUGCCCCCGGCAAAGACCGUCUGGAAUACGGACACCUCCACCUCCUCGAUCCCAAAUGA